AUAUUCGCUUUUCCCACAAUAUGGGCUCCUCCCCUUCGUCCUCCCCCGCUAGUAUUCCCGGGUCCGCCUGAGGAAUGUAAACUAUUCAACAUGGAGACAGCAGUCAAUAAGCUGGAAGCUCUGGAUUGCUGCUUAAUGCAUGCAAAGUGUUCUACAUGCAACAAUUGUAAUGGAUCCAGAUGGCAAAGCAUUUUCCCUUGACGGUACAGUUUCAAAAAGCCGAAUCAGAUUUGGAUUAUAUUGAGCAAAAGCUGGAGUUUGAGAUAAGGAAAAGUCUUCCGGAAGAUGCAUCUGUACAGGAAAAUCCUGUCAAAUUACUGGAGCAGUUGGCAACAGUGAAAUUAAGGUUCAAAACUUUAUCUGCACAGUUGGAAACUAUUGCAGGUGACCAGCAAAAAUCAGUAGACAGUAUUCAAGCGACUAUUGGCAACACAUUGAAAAUGGUGCAACACUUACAACAACAAACUGAUUUUCAGGUGUCCCCUUUCUCACAAGAAGAACUUCAUGCACUUCAGCAAUUAGAAAACCUAGCAAUGAAAGGAGGAAGUGUGCAGUGAACAAGAGCAACAGAAAGCACUGACAGAUUCACAGAAUGGACACUGAUGAUAAAACCUUGUCCUUCAAACAGUAACACCUUUUAAACAAGAUGUCUUGUCUCAAGAUAUAUGUUUUUAUUGAUGUAAAGAAUGUUCUAUGUAUAUUGGUUUAUAUACAAUAGAAAAUAAUUUCCUUUAUUAUAAAAGGCAUACUCCAAUAUAUUUUGUCCUUAAGGACAGUUCUGCUUUUGGAUGUGUUUGGGAAUCCAAAGCUACUAAAAGGCAUAAUACCAAGAGGACUGCCACUAAUUUGGGGCUGCCAACUCCAUUUUGUUAACUCCAAGUAAUGCUACUGAAGUAUUUUAAUGUGUACUGUAAGUAUGACAUUGCUUCAUGCUAAUGAAAAAAAAUAUUUUGUAAUAAAGAUAUAUAGAUUUUUUUUCA